AAGGGGAAUGAAAAUCACAGCACCGGCAUUGGCUGCGGAUAUGUUGGCGAUGGUGUUAGGGGUCUCGGGCCUUCUGCUUCUCUUCCUGUGUGCCGGAUCAGAUUGCUGGCGGCAAGACGCCAAGGAUCCUCUGUCUUCCGUGGGCUUGAGUGUCCGGUGUCGGGGUCUGUGGAGCGAGUGCAUAUUUGAUAACGUGGCCAACCUCUGGACAUGCGAUAUUCCUAUCUCCUAUCUCAGCGAACACCCCGCUGUCCUUGUGGUCACCCGGGUCUUGGUCAUCCUCUCAAGCUUCCUGACCCUUGCUGCCAUGCCCCCUUUCAUCGCUGGGAUGAAAUGCACCAACCUGAUCCGUGACAAAGCCCCACGGAAGUACAAGUUUUCCCUGGCUGCUGGGACCUUGUUCCUCCUAGGAGGCCUAGCUGGUGCAAUUGCUGUCCUUUGGUAUGGUAUCGACACUGUGCAGAAGUAUAAAUUAGAGGUCACCUUUGGCAUUCCCGGUGUGACUUACGAACUCGGCUAUGCCUACUGGAUGGCCGCGGGGGGUGCCGCUUGCGCGUGCUCUGCUGGCAUUCUGCUGAUUGUGGCCAGCUGUCUCGAUGCCCAGAGUCUAGGAAAGGACCAGAGCCCUCGGCCUUGCCCUACUGAUUCCAAAGGCACCUACCUGUGA